GGGUAACUAUACACGCACAUUCCGAAUCGCCAUUUCUUGCUUUAUAUAGGCAUAAUAGAAAAUAUUUUAUCUCCUAAAUGCAAUUAUGUAAGAAAUGCUGCACGUUAACUUUCAAGGUUAACAGCGAUAGUGAAACCAGUCGCUUCUUAGCAACACACACGGUACAGUGUUAUGAGGGCCUCGAUAUAAAGGAGACGCCGCCUCCCCGCCGGCGCAUCCUCCAAGGGCAUCACCUUCAGCGAUGAGUCUGUGGCUGCGCUCGGUGCCUCGCCUGCGGGCGGCCUUCCUACCGGCGUCUGCGUCCCGCCUCGCCCUCGGAGACCGGCGCGUCCUGAGGGAGGAGCCGAGGCAGCGAACUUACUUGCUAAGGAGGACCCUAAGCAGUGGGGGCGUGAAAUGGCUGUGGCCGAUCGACAAGGAAUCGCUCAGUUUCCACCUCGUCCACAAGCAUGGCACCAGAAUGGGACUUUACCUCAUGACACUCAGCAGCGUCAAUCCCCUCAAGACAGAGGACGUCGAAAGAGCUCUUUUCCAUUUGCAGAGGAAGAAUCCUGCAAUGCGGGUAGGUUUCCGACUUCGUGGAAAUGUCUGGUGGUUUUGUGAACAAGAUUGGAAAACGCAUAAAGUCGAUUUUAAGAUUCUUAACGAAGGAACAAGCUCGGCAGAGGAGAUUCGACGUAUGUGUGAGAAAGGAUUUCCUGACGGGGCUACCUGGAAGUUCAGAAUGAUUCCUCGGGGGAAGGAAGCUCCCAGUGUCAUGUCAGAAGUCAAGGAGGACUUUCCUUAUCAGUACAACAUUAUUGUGACAAGUCACCAUGCAUUAAGUGACGGCUUGAGUGCCUCGUUAAUAGCGAAGCAAAUGGUAGAAUUAUUGAAUGAUGUCAUCCUCGGGCGCCAUAUUAACGAUGAAGCAACUAGUCAAUUUAUUCAGAGAGAGGAGCUCUGGGAAGUCGAGUCAAGGAUAAUAAAGAAAUUAGAAGAGGAUCCUCAGCGUCACGAUUAUGUCAAACAGACUAUGCCUCUAUCCACUCCUUUGCUACUACAAGCAUUUCCACGGCCUUCAGUGGAUCAAGUCACAACCAGAUACCUUUCACGCAUCAUUGACGAGGAUGUUACACAGAAAUUUGUAAAGCAGUGCAAAUCACAUGGUGUCACUAUCAACAGUGCUUUCAGUGCUGUGAUCAAUAUUGCUAUUGUCAGUUUGAUGCAGAAGUCUGGAAUAUCCCAACAGUCAUACCAGAUCGCAGGUAAUCAUAUUGUAAGUAUGUUACGGUACUUAAAACGAACGCCACGGGAUGCAAUCGGUGGCUAUGCCGUGCUGCUUUCCCACAUUUCAAGAAUGACUAACGACCAUGCAAAUAAUUUCUGGGAAUAUGCCAAAGAAAUCAACCGAGAACUGAAAGAGAGCCUGACAUCAGAACUCCCUCUGGAGCAGAAGAUGGCUCGCCUCCUGGCCCAGCCCGACCUGGUGGAGGAGUGGGCCCGGAAACCACCCCCGGUUGUCCACGACUACGGCAUCACCAACAUCGGUCACUUCCCAAUGCCUGAACGACAUUUAGACGACCGGGUUCUGGUGACGGACGUUGCAUCUGUCGCCAUGGUGCAUAAUUACAUCCACAUGCUCCUCUUUCUCGUUUACACGUUCAAGGGUCGUUGCAGCUUUACCUUGAGUUAUGCAACGGAUUACAUUGCAGACGACACUGCCACCCUCUUGGCAGAUGAAGUGAUAUCAGUCUAUCGGAAAGUGAGUGAAGUGAACGGAAUAUAAAAUUAAGUUUUGAGAAGGCUGAAUCUUACUAAAUCUUACUCAAUUUAGGUCAUGCCGAAAACAAUGCGAACAUCGAUAAUAAUUCAUCAUAGUUGUUCCUUGUUUCUUCUUUUAUUGCAGGAUAUACUGUUAUCAGUUAAUCAGUCAAAGUUAAUUGUGAUGUUAACAUAAUGAUCAUCCUAAAUCCAGACGACUGAGUAAUGUUGCAAUAGGAGGGUGUAGUCAGUAAGGUUUACCCCUCAAUGUUCUUGGUAAUUUCACUGUCGUUCUAUCAUACUCGUAAAUAAUGAUGAGGUAAAUGAAAUAACCGAUAUCAUUAUAAAACCGAUAUUGAUAGUAAUCAAUAACAUUCCUGAUUAUGAUAAUCGUGAAAACCUUUAUCAUUUUGAGGUGUCGGAAUAGUUAUAUUUUCCAAUGGAUAAAGCUGUGAUUUUUC